AUGACGCCCCCCCCCCCCACUACACACCCGCCCCGCCACCACGCUUUCCACGCACCCUUGCAGACACCGUCCUCCAUUUAUCUCAAGAUUCCUCCCACCCCAGAGCUGCCGCAUCCCCAAGCCACAGCCGCUGCACCGCCACUGGUUCUCCCCCCACCUCAUAUCCGCGUUCUUCCUAUCUCGCCCAGACCACACUAUACACACUACCCGAACGCUCCCCCGCCGCUCCCACCCAUAUUUCACUCACGAGCUUGUAUGCUGCGCACCCAGAGAGAAUUGAUUCACGGUGGACACUGA